AUGGAGUAUCAUGGCAUCAUUUCCCACACAGAUCUGACUUGUCCAUACAUUUUCUCAAGGAAAAAGAUGGAAUCAGCACUUCCAUAUUAUGGAAAGGGACUACCUUGGUUCCCAUCUAUAGGAUUCAAACAGACAGAAAUGUUCGGAAAAGUACUCGUGAGAUUCCAAGUUGGGUUUUCGGAUCAACAGGAGUAUGACAAAUGCUGUGUUUGUAUUGAAAACAACCUCGAUCUCCCCAUUAUUUCUAGGGAAAAUAGUAAUGAUAUGAGUGGUGAGUUUUCUAAGAACUUAACUCUAUUUCCCGAUUCCCAAGUCAUUAUGUCUCAGUCUGAUUUCAAGCAACCCCCAAACAGAGCCUCGCAAAUUGCAGCCCAAAACCCUUUCCAAGAUAGUCAGGUAGCCUCAUCCAACUUGGAAAGCCAAUAUCAUCACCGGAGCCAACAGAAACAGCAAACUCAAUCACAAACACAGCAUCCUCAAGCACAAAGCCAAACACCGACCCAAGCCAAACCUCUAACCCAAAGCCGUCCAACUCACUCUGUGGCAUAUCCAGAUUACUCCCGCCUACUUCUCACUCCAAUGUCGGAUAAUUACCCUUCGCUGUCUUAUAUUCAAACGUCACCCAUAGCUACAAACAAACGUGCACCACUCAAUGUUCAUCAACGUUCCCAUCAGAGCCAGCAACCUCUUAUCAGUGAUCAAGACAACAGUUCUGGUGUUAAUUUACGACAGAUAUUAUCAGAACUUGAUAAUGGUUCCGAACUAUACAGUAUGUCAGAUACAGAGUUGAAGAACACCAUUGUCGAAGUUCUAAAACAAAAACUGUUUGUCGAUAUCGUGAAACGAAUUGAUACUAUCUUGGAGGAUUCAUAA